AUGAGCGGGGGUGGGGUAGGGUGGGCCUCCGUGGCGGAGGCCGCGGCCGGGGCCGCCGACGGCGGCGCCUCGGGCUGGGCUGCCGCCGUGGCGGCCGCCGCUUGCCCGCCCGACGGCUGGGGCGCGCUGGCGGCCAGCGCCGCGGCGUCGGCGGAGAGCGCCACGGAGGGCGCCGGGGCGUGCGUCCGCGGCGGGGGCGCGCGCGGCCGCGCGCUCGCCGCCGCGGACCUUGCGCCUGCUGGCAGCGCGGCUGCGCGGCGGCUCCGAGAUGCGUGGGUCACCGACGUCGCUGCUGGUGGGCGUGAGCAGCCGCUGCCAGCCGUGGAGGCGGCGCUGGCUGCCGCCCACGACGCGGUCGUCGACGAGGACGACUGGGCGCUCUUCGGGCCCAGCGACGAGGAGGAGCAGCUCGACGCGGAGGCCGAUGCCAUCGCAGGCCCAGUCGCGCAUGCCGACGCGGACGUGGCCUUGGCAGCUGUGGCCGGCGCGCCAGUGCGGGCGCCCACGCGGGCCGAGGCUCGAGUGGAGCUUGCGCAGCUCGUGGAGCAGACGUGCGCGAUCGCGGAGGCGAAUUCGCGCGCGGAGCGGGACUUCGUCGCAGCGCGCAUGACGCUGCCAUUCCACCAGGAGUGCAGCAACCUCGGCGUUGGCCACCGCCGCGCUGAUGGCAUCCUGCGCGCUGUUGCCGCCGCGUGCGUGUCGGUGCAGAAUCGGGACGUGUGCAAGAUGAUUCGCCAGUUGACGCGAUCCAUCUUGGAGCGAGGUGGCCGAGCACUGACGUGGUCAGAAAGCGUCAGGUAUGACGAGACGCCGAUGCACAUGCGGCUCACGGACACCGAGAAGGCGGCGCCAGCAGCAGUGGACUCAGCCAUGCCAGCGGCCAUCGUGCCCGCCGACGGGCCGCUGAGGCUGGCGCCGAUCAGCGCCAGCUGCUCGAGCUCGCACGUCGCCAAGAUCUCGAACACUGAGCGGGUCUUCUCGAUGCUGUACCACAUCCCCGACGUCGGGUACGUCGGCGUGCGCGUGCCGCUGGAGACGCCCAUCCAGUCCUUGAGCAGGACCACAGGCGAGGUGCUCUACGACGCGCUCAAGGCCAGCCGUCCGCCGAUAGAGGACGACGUGCUGCAGCAGUCCGGCCGACGACAGCGGCUGGUUUGCACGGACGGCGCGAGCGGGAUCACCAAGAUGGAGUCAAAGUGCGAGGUGCACGUGGUCUUCAAGUGGCACACGUGCGCGUUCCACCACGUGAAGGCCGACACCAGCUGCAUGGUGCACGCGGCGAAGGCGCUGCGCUGGCAGGACGGCAUGCGCUCGUUCAGGGCCGCGCUCCGACAGGAGCUGCAGGACACGCUUCAGUACCGCUGCGACAUGUGGCCUUCGCCUGCGGACGUCGCCCGCAACACCAAGUGCUUGGACCUCUUCUUGUCGGAGACGUCGGCCCAUCGGCGACUUCGUCGCGUCGUCAUCCUCUCGCUGGCGACCCGGGACUGGACCGAGAGGGGCUGUGCGGAGCACUUUUGCGACGGCUGCCGCCUGUCCCGUGCCGAUUGCGCGUCGAAGUUCACGACGCUCUUCGUGGCAACAGACGGGGUUUGGCCGAGUUCGAGGUGGACGGGCUUCGACCACAGCGUCGAUUGGAUGGGCGUCUUGGAGUCGUGCCACGGCUUGCUGACCCGCGUCUUCCUCAAGUGGUCGCGCGUGAGGGGGUGGCCGCUGGCACGUUUCUACUUGCACCCCCCUCGGCCUUCGAAGACCUACCAGUUCACGGACGGUGGGAGGCUCACGGUGAUCAGGAGGGCCCUGGAGCCGCUCAGGAAGAUCAUGUCCAAGUACUUGGACCACGCCGGCGUCAAGCACGACGACCUGAUGGAGUACCUCAAGGUCCAGGCUGCGGCGGGAAGGUGCGGUGACUGCACCGACAAGCUGCUUCCAGUGGUCGCUGCGUGCAAGCAGGUGUUCGAAGGCGAGUUCCUCCGGGACCUGAGGGCCCUCAACCUGACCGAGGGGCCGUGGGACAUCAUCACGCCUGGGCUCAGGACGCGUGACCUUCGCACGCUGGCGCUCAUGAUGCUAAGCGAGAUCGGCUGCCUAUGCCGCGAGCUCACCAACGACUGCGACAACAUGAAGGACGAGUGGAGCAAGGCGUUGGUCGAAAAGUACGCAAAGACCGAUCAAGGCUUGCUCAACCCAGACCUCAACGCUGAGCUGAUGCACACAGCCCUCAGCAUCAGGCGUGAGACUUGCAGCAUCGAGUCCAGCCACGCGGCCAUCCGAAGGAGCCUCGCCGCGCUGAGCUUGCAGACCCACCCGAUUCACAUCAGGCGCCUGUCAGCACUGAGGACAUGCCAGCGGUUCCGCACGCGGCGGCAGCGGCUGCGCAGCGGGCCUGGGCGUCACGUGAUCAAGACCACGGUGAAGCAGGCGGCCAGCAAGAAGGCUGCAGCCAGGACGGGCUCUCCCGACUUCGCGGGGCUCGGGCGGGCGCACGCGGCGUUGUCCGCCCAGGAGAAGGCCGUGCUCAUGGAAGUGGGACAGGCCGCCACCAGAGCAGCACGUGCUGGCAAUAAGAAUCCGUUCGGAGGGAGCUCGCGCUUACUCGAGGCGCGGGCUAGGAAGGCUGACCUUGCGCGUCGAGUUCAGGACCUGUCAGAGAGCAAGCGCGCUGCGUUGCUGAACUCGGCUGGCGGGAUUCAGGGCGACGUCGCAGUGGCCACCUACGACGGCAUCAUCGGCAUCGCCUCGUCGAACCCCAAGCACCUCACGGAGAUGGCAGACUGUCGGCAGCUUGAGCGCGCUGAGCGGGCUUGGCGCGCCUCCGACAAGGCCUUGAUCAACGACGUCGUGUCGAAGUGGUGUUCGGAGGAUGGCGCGGCGGCGAGGGAGAAGUGCUUGUCCCACGAGUCGGAGAUCAAGGCGAGACUCAACGAGUUCCUCCCCGUUGUUCCUCCGCGCCAGGGUUUCCAGCUCUUCGAAUGGGAGCCUGUGGGCGUCUUAGAGCGGGUUGCCAGAGGGCUUUCGGUGCAUCGAUCCAUCAUCCCCGACAUCUUCGCCGCCCUGGCAAAGUACUGGGACGACAUUCACGACACGAUCGACCACCAGCCGCGCCCUGAGUGGGACGAGAACGAUUGCAGUGGCAGUGGCAUCUCAGCUUGUACGUUUGCAAGCAUGUGCGUGUGCAAGGGCGCUGGGCUAGAGGUCCAGAAGUUCGUGGAUCACUUCGAUGCUGCUGUGAAGCUGGCGUGCCCAGUCGGGCGCAUCAGAACAGAGAGCUUGGCCCACGGCUACAUCUGUGUGUACGUCUUCGCGCAGCGCCAGCCUACUGACGACGAUGAGGACAUCGAUGUCGCCACGAACGGCCUUGUCGAGCGGCUGCCAAUCGUCGACGACAUGUGGCUGCACAUCGGCAGCCACAGCUUAUCGCCAUGGCGGUCGUGCUUUCAGACCUUGCGCGGCCCGACGGGUCCGACGCAUCCGAGCAUCGGGGUGAGCAUCCAUCGAUUAGAGGCCACUGUACAGUUCGCGACGCCGUGGCAGGCGUUCAAAGACUUCGACAGGGAUCUUCGGUGGUCUGUGUGCGUGUACCACAUGGACGUGAGGGUCAGCCCGAUCGGCACGUUCGUGCCGAACUGCGUCGACGUGCACUUGCUGGAAGAUGACGAACAGCCAGGCGCCCCGACGUGCAGGGUCAUCUGGAAGCCGCCGUGGGCGAAGUGGAGGAAAAAGCAGAUCAAGCACCCUAAGAAGGACGCAGACGUGAAGUCUGGGUGGCACUCCAUCGAGCCGAUCGAGAACGUCAAGCAGGACUGCGACGAGGACCACAAGUCAGACGAGGACGAUGGCGACGAACAGCCUGACCAUGGACGCGAACUCCCUGGAGGCGACGCCGUUGCUGGUAGCGUUGGUGAUGCAGGUGGCGGCAGCGCAAGCGGCAUGGACGCCGAGGACG